AUGAAUGAAUAUGAAUAUUAUUAUGAUCAAUAUCGUCGUUUACCAAGAAAUUCAUUAGCUAUUCAAAGAGAUUUAGCCGAUUAUCAUUCGACAGUAUCUGCAUCAACUUAUAAUUUUUGGUCUGGAAUUGAAAAACGACCUGUUACAACUACUUAUAUUGAUGGAAGUUCAUUAUUAGGUCUUCAUGAACGUCCGUAUAGUAUGAAAGGUUUAUUUCCAAAAGGAAAAAGUCGACGAAAACCAUCUGUACCAUGUGAAAAGAAAAUAAAUACAGGUGAUAUUUUUAUGUCAUUAGUACCAGCUGAAAAAACAAAUUUUGAUACAGCUACAAUUCGAUCAGAAAAAACUCGGUCACCUUUAUCAAUGGCUACAGCAACACAAUAUUCAACAUUACCUGAUGUACGACAAAAAAAUAUUGAUAUUCGAAGUAAUCGAAUAUAUAGUGCUACUAUAUUUGAUGAUGAUAAUAAUAGUGAAGCAAAAUUUUAUGGACGUUGUGCAACAACACAUGUUAAUGGUGGUUGGGUACGACGAUAUAAAUCUAUAAAUGAAUCUCAAACAUUAACUGAUUUAUUACGUGAUCAAACAAAUAGAGAUAAAAUUUUACCUAAAAAACGAUCAUAUCAUCAAUUAUUGUAUUCAUCAUCUUCAGCAUCAGCAUUUACUGCUUCAUUAAUCAGACGUAGACGAGCAAAAUGUUGA